AUGACAUCCUUCAUUGCAGUGCUUUUGGCUGUCUUGUAUGCCACGUUCGCGUUUGGCGAUUCAUGCCCUGUUAUCACACAACAGCUCAGCGAUCCACCUUAUGAGAACUACUUCUACUCUGACUGCAACACCGACGCCCAAGUCGUUGUAACAAGCCCUCUUCCGGAUAGUAAUCUGUCAAUCAUCGGUCCACGGCUCAUUGUUGCGUGGCCUGCGGGGAACAGCGGUAUAUGCACCUUCUUCCAACCCCAAGAUGAGAAGAAUGGAACUCUAGCUAUUGAGCUGAUCAAUUCGACUCUCGGAUCGCCACUCGGUGUGAUCAAUCGUGAAGAAAAAGGAUCCGACUAUCCCUAUGUUGGAGUCGAGGGCGUUCUGUCGUUCAACUCGUCGGCGAACCUCACAGUUGCUAUCCUCGGUAGUAUCCGCAACAUCCGAGACUUCACUGAGGGGCCGAGUAUCAUCAAUCCGGUGAUACAGAAUGCCACAAACGUCACGAGAGUGAAAAGUGGUGGUGUGCUCAUCUCAAGGCUAUGGUUGGAUAAUGUGACGACGACGAGCCUGUUGCUGGAGCCAUGGCAAAAUAAGGAUAGCAGCCUGUCGAUCUACAACGACACCGUUAGUUUUGGUGCAGGUUUCUACAAAUUUUCGGCAUCUUUCAAUUAUCCUCAACUGAAGCAAUUAUCUCCCCAACAGGUCCUCAACAACCAGUCGCAGGCUCUUGCUGAAAAAGAGCAGUCUGAGGUCAGGUCGUUGUCCUUCUUCUCGUAUACCGACAAGCUGCUCGCAGGUGGCUGGCGUUUCUUAACGUACUUUGGCCGCGACACCAUGAUCGCCGCGCUUCUGCUCGAACCCGUCCUCAGUGCGGGGAAUAGCUCGGCUCUGGAAGCAGUCAUCGGCGCGGUCUUGGAACGGAUCAAUCGCACCGACGGGUCGGUUUGCCACGAGGAGACCAUCGGGGACUACGCAACACUUCUGAACUUACAGAACGGCAUUGAUUCGACGGCACCAGGGUUCACCUAUCCCAUGAUUGAUACAGACUACUUCUUGCCAGUCCUCAUGGAUCGCUAUUUCAGCGCUACACCAAAGCGAGUUAAACCAUUGCUUAGCACAAAGGCUGGCGAAGUUGAUGUCGAGAAUCGGAAUCUGACAUGGGGCAAUUUGAGCUACAUCAACGCACAGAAGAUUAUAAACAUCACAGCAGCGUUUGAGAAAGAACAGUCGGUGAAGAACUUGAUCCAGCUCAAGAAGGGUGAGCUGGUAGGCCAAUGGAGAGACUCAACUUAUGGUCUUGCCAAUGGACGCAUACCCUUCGACGUAAACUGCGCUCUCGUCCCAGCGGCACUGUACGCCAUUUCCAACUUGGCCAAGGUUGAAGGGGUGUAUCCCAAUAAUUCUGUGACCAAGGAUUGGAGUUCCGUCGCGGCGAAGAGGGCUAAGAUCUGGGAGGACCAUACCCUGCACUUGUUCCAGUACAAUCUCACUGUUGAUACGGCUACUUCAAACUUGAAGGACUACGUCAAGGAGAACACCUUCUACGACGGCUCGACUCAUGCAGAUUCAGUUUCUAACUACUCAACUUCUGGGAAAGUCGUUGACUACGCUCUGGCCAUCAACACUACCAAGGAUGAGGAGAAGAUACGCAUCACGCACACUGACACGGCAUUCCGUCUGUUUCUUCUCAACUCAACCAACGAUUCCCAGCUCACGACCUUCUUGAACGCAACAGCCAACGCCAUCCUCCGCCCAUUCCCAGCCGGUCUCAGUACUCCCCUCGGCAUUGUGGUUGCAAAUCCAGCACUAGCAGGCAACGAGAUAUUCACUGCCAACUUCACCAACGCCGCGUAUCACGGCACUGUAGUCUGGAGCUGGCAACUCGCCCUCAUGGCUAAAGGUCUUGAGCGUCAGCUUGCAAGAUGUUCAUCAUCACAAUCCAAGGAUGACGAUAAUGUUCCUGCGUUUUGCAGCAAUACUGGGGUGCACACAGCUCUAAAGAGCGCAUAUAAUCGUUUAUGGGAUAUCAUCGAGGAUAAUGGCGAGAGGUUGCAGUCAGAGGUCUGGAGCUGGAGUUACAGUUCGAAGAAUGGUUACAAGUUCGCGCCUUUAGGCACUUUGCCGCCCCCUCCGGGACUGAGCUCUGGAACGGAGAGUAAUGUUCGGCAGUUGUGGAGUUUGACAUUCUUGGCUGUGAAGAGGAACAAGGACUUUGUGUAG